AGAGCAGAGACACUGUUACAGGGCGUCGGAUCUCCUUGAAAAACACAGACCAGGAGGAUUUUACUGUAAAUUCAAUGGGACAGAGACUUGGUGAGUGUUGUUUUUAAAGGAUACCUCACAUAUCAGAGCAAAUGGCUGAAAAGAAGAUUGAACUUGUUGAACGUUUCCUGAGUUGUCAUUUGUGUUCAGAGACGUUCAGAGACCCUGUGUCUCUGAGCUGUAGCCACAGCUUCUGUUCAAGCUGCCUGAAGGAAUUCUGGAAACAAACUAAGAACAAAAACUGUCCCAUUUGUAAAAGAAAAUCCUCAAAAGAUGAUCCAGAUGUGAACUUCAGUCUGAAAGAACUGGCUGAUUCAUUUGCUGGGAGACUGAGCGUUGGAUCAUCUGAGACAGAAAAAGGAGAAAAGAAGGUGGAGGUGGUCUGCAGCAAACAUCAAGAAGAACCUAAACUGUUCUGUAAAGAUGAAAACAGAGCUGUGUGUUCUAUCUGUGAUGUUUCUGUGCAUGACACUCACACUGUGGUUCCUGUAGAAGAAGCAGUUACUGAAAUGAAGGAUGAGCUGAAAUCUGACUUAAAGUCUCUAAAGAAAAAGAAGAAGAAAUAUGAGGAAACACAGAAAACAUACAAUGAAAUAAUCCAACACUUAAAGAAACAGGUUUUGUUCACAGAGAAUCAGAUCAGAGCAGAGUUCAACAAACUCCAGCAGUUCCUGAAAGAGGAAGAGGAGUCCAGACUGGCAGCUCUGAGGGAGGAAGAGGAGCAGAAGAGGAGGAGUGUGAUCAGAGAGAUGAAGAGGAUUGAGGAGCAGAUGUCCUCUGUGUCAGACAGUAUCUGUGCUGUUGAAGAAGAGCUGCAGAAAGCCAGCGCUCCAUUCCUCAUCAGUUGUAAAGACACUCAGAGCAGAGCCAGAGCCCAGUGCUCAGUGUCAGAGCCACAGCUGAUCUCAGGAGCACUGAUCCAUGUGGACAAACACCUGGGCAACCUGUCCUUCAGAGUCUGGGACAAGAUGAGGGACAAGGUCCACUUCAGCCCCGUCAUCCUGGACCAGAACACUGCAAACGGAUGGCUUCAUCUGUCUGAUGAUCUGACCAGUGUGAGACGUGGAGACACUUAUCAACAUCCUCCUGAUAAUCCAGAGAGAAACACUGAAUAUGCCAGUGUUCAUGGCUCUGAGGGCUUCAACUCAGGGAAACACAGCUGGGACGUGGAGGUGGGAGACCAUCCUAACUGGAUUUUAGGUUUGGUUAAAGAGUCAGUUGACAGAAAGGGAAAGGUGUUUGUUUCACCAAAAUAUGGAAUCUGGGGUUUAGCGCAUCGCAGUGGAAAAUACACUAAUAGUGCUGGUAAGACUGUGACAGUGCAGACGAGUCCACAGAGGAUCAGAGUUGAACUGGACUAUGACAGGGGGGAGGUGUCCUUCUACAACGCUGAAGACAAGACUCACAUCUACACCCACAAAGACACUUUCACUGAGAAACUCUACCCUUAUUUUAACGUUGGAAAGGCUGGUGAUGCUGAAACCACUGAUAUUAGAAUCUGUCAGAGGAAGAUUUCACUGAUGUAUGACAUGACUUCAUAUUAAUGCACAUAGAAAUGAAAUGUGUAAAACAUCCUGUUUAACUGAUGUGAUUUAAAAUGUGUGUUGAUGUGUGCAGUUUAUCCAUUGGAACAAAAUGACUUUGCAUCCUUUCUCCAUCUUCUUUAAACAAACGAUAGGUAUUCAGUUUGUCUUCUUUACGUUAUAUGUGCUAAAGGAAACUAUGUCAAUAGUAAUCAUUUUAUUACAGUGUAAUAAAAAUAAAAGGUAACUUUAUUUUUGUAUUUGUAUUUCACCUCAUACUAUUGAAGAGCUUUUUAUUGUUAAAUUAUGUUGUAACUGUCAAUUACUAAAAAACAUUAUUAUUUCCUCCCUCUUUAUUAUCACAAAAGGAAACAUCUACAUGUAUAAGCUGAGUUUUUAUUACCUUUGUCAUAAUUGUGUUUUUGCUUUGUUUUAACAAUGCUUUUAUCAAGACUAGGUUGUUUGUCAGAGUAGUUUGUUUCAUCAGUAAUUGUUCCAGGAAGUAUUUUACUUGAAAUAUAAAGGGGAAAUAAUUAUUC